AUGCCAGCUCUUGCCACAGACAAGUAUCCGCCGACGAUAAAAAAGCUAUUUGCUCCUCGGCCGCCGCUUCUUCAUGUCCCACCUUUGGAUUAUCCUCCCGAAAAACGCAGCACCAAACCAGUUUCUCCUGUCAGUAAAUGGAAGGAAAUAUACCAGGAACAUGCCCAACGAAUAAGAGAAGAAAACGAGACAACAGACACGGCUGUGGAAACUACACUUCAAAAGCAAGCCAAGGCUCGGGCUAAAAGAGAACGAGCUCAAGCCGAAUCUUUCCAGCGACAAAUGGAAGAAUGGCUCGACCCAUCGCUAGCUGAAAAGCAUGAAAAAGAAGUAAUGAAAGACCCAUAUUGCACGUUAUUCAUAGCCAGACUCGACUACGACGUUACAGAGGUGGAGGUGUCUCAGAGUUUUAGUCGAUUUGGUGCAAUUGCGUCGAUUCGAAUCAUCAGGGACAAUGAAGGCAAGUCAAAAGGCUAUGGAUUUGUAGUAUUUGAGCGUGAUACGGACGCAGCCACCUGUGUUCGUGAACUCGCCUCCACUGGAAUCAAAAUUGGGCCCGAAAGUAGUGACAGAAAACCCAGAACUGCACUAGUUGACAUCGAACGAAGUCGUGUGAUACGAAACUGGAAACCUCGAAGAUUGGGUGGUGGUCUCGGUGGCCGUGGAUACACACAACCCAGUCAAUAUCAUCUGGCUGUGGCAUCUGCAGCGGCAAGUGGACGCCGAUUACCUCAAAAGACUCGAAGAGACAACCCGAAAUUCUCACCUUAUCCGUCUGCUCAGGCUCCAACUCAAGGCGGCUCCAUGGUACCUCCAGCUUACGGGCAGCCCGCGGCACCAGCAUAUGGUCUGACAGUGGCAUACGGCCUGUAUCGUGCUGCUGCACCAGAAACUUCUGUGCGCGAUAAGUACGCCAAAUACGGCACCUCGAGCAUCACCUCUUACCGCCCAGCAUCUAAUCUGCGUUCUGUUCGCAACAUUAGACGUGAGUAA